AUGCUCCCGGCCGCCGCCCCGCGCCCUCCGCCGCUGCUGUGGCCGCCGCCCGCCGAGCCCCCCGCUCCCCCCUGGGCCUGGGUGCUGCCCGCGGCCGCGGGGCUGCUCCGGGUGAGCGCUGCCACCGCCGGGGCUCCGCCACCUCCGCCGCCACCUCCGCCACCACCGCCCCCGCUGCUGCUGCCGGCCCCCGCGCUGCUGCGGGCCGGGCCGGGCUGGCGCGGCCCCGCCGAGCCCCCGCUGCUGCCGCUGCUGCCCGGGGAGCCGCUGCUGCACGGCCAGUGGAUAUUUGGAGCUCAUUCGCCGGUGGUGGGAUUUUCCCCUUCCUCCAGCGUGGAAUUGGUGCCGGUGUUCCCUCCCGUGUACACAGGCACGGUGCCUCCCGCCGGGAAGGGCUGGAUUGAGAAGAGGCUGCCCAGCUGCAAAAUCUACUUGAACAAUGCCUUUGCCCUGGAGUCGGCCUGGCUGCAGCCUGAGGAGCCCAGGCUGUUCCAGGGGGCUGAGAAGCCCGUGCUGCUGAGCAAUCCAGUGGCCAUGGCUGUGGCCAGGCCAGCUGCAGCCUCCAGGCCACUGCCCACGCUCCUCCUGGCCCCUCAGCUCAUCCCAGGUGGUUGCCAGAACAGCCUUAAAGCCAUGGGUGCCACUCAGAGCCUGGCCCUGGUGUCCCUGGAGCCCGAGCCCCCCCAGGGCCCCCCGGGGCCGAGCCUGCAGCCAUGCCACCUCCUCAGCUUGUCCCCCAUCAAAGUCCCUCUGCUGGCCUCGCCCUUCCCAGGUUCUGCCUCCAGGCUGGACGCUGCCGUGGGCCCCCUGGUGCCAGCACAGGUCACCCGUGUCACCGCCGUGUCCGCGCCCGGCGUCACCCUCCUGGCCACCAACCUGAUGGAGCAGGCACGAGCAGAUCGUGGCAAGGAAUCGAGCAGAGGCUCCUGCCCCCCGGCGCUGAUCCUGCACGCCGAGAGGAAGAGUGUCCCCCCGGGCAGUGACAGGGACAAGGACCCCUCCUUCAAGCUGCUGAGCGAGGCUGACGGCGCUUCCAAGGGGAACAAGCCGGUGGCAUCCACCCCAGUGCCAGGAUCCCCGUGGUGUGUGGUCUGGACUGGAGAUGACCGCGUGUUCUUCUUCAACCCCAGCAUGCAGCUGUCGGUGUGGGAGCGGCCGCUGGACCUGCGGCACCGCGGGGACAUCAAGCGGCUGCUCGAGGACCCCCCGCACAAGCGCAAGCUGGAGGCUGCAGCAACAGACAAAUGUGUGAGCUCUUGUCCAGGGGAUGAAAAUGAUGAUCUGAGCAUCAAAACGAAGAGAAAUAAAACAGAGCCGUGCCAGGCUGCGGGCGGCGCUGAGGAGGAGCAGGGAGGGGAGGAAGGCUCGGCCCCACGCAUCUCACCGCCCCUGGAGGAGAGGAUCACCCACUUCAGGGACAUGCUGCUGGAGAGAGGGGUGUCGGCGUUCUCCACCUGGGAGAAGGAGCUGCACAAGAUCGUGUUCGACCCGCGCUACCUGCUGCUCAACCCCGAGGAGAGGAGGCAGAUUUUCGAGCAGUUUGUCAAGACCCGGGUCAGGGAGGAGUACAGAGAGAAGAAGAACAAGUUGCUGUUGGCCAAGGAAGAAUUCAAGAAGCUUCUGGAAGAGUCCAAGUUAUCCCCAAGGACAACCUUCAAGGAAUUCGCAGAGAAGCACGGCCGGGACCAGCGCUUCCGCCUCGUCCAGAAGAAGAAGGACCAGGAGCAUUUCUUCAACCAGUUCAUCCUAAUUCUCAAAAAGAGGGACAAGGAGAACAGGAUAAGGCUACGGAAAAUGAGAUAAAAGCAGCUGGAAGUGGCAAUAAAGGCGGUGGCUGCGGGAGGGGACCCCAAGGAAGGAAGGAUGGGACGCUCGGGGUCCAGCAGCAGCUCCAGGAUGGGAGAUCCCGAGGGAAAAGUGCCCUGAAAGAGCUGGGGGAGCUCCCAGGGCAGCUGGGGAGGCUCUGCAGCAACACAAGGAUCUGUGGUUCUCAAAGAAUUAAUGUUUCAUAUUGAAGCUCUCUUUUGUACAACAUCCCCAGUUUGAUGCAUUUCUAAUUGCCAUGAUAUGUCGAUCCCUUAAUUGUUUUAAUUAUGCAAAUUACUUGUAAUAUACACAAGUUAUGACUCCGAUGCAGAUUUAUAAUUAAGCAGAAGCAGAUGCCAUCCAGAGCAAUCUCAAGGCAUUUCCAUCAUUUCGGGGAAUUAUCUCAAGCAAUCUUUUGGCAACUCUGCCUUUCCACCAAGUGUGUGGGGUCUGCAGGACCCGCUCCCGCUGCUCAUCCGUCUCUGUCCCGUGCUCUGAGUAGUAGUAAUCAGCUAUUAAUUAAUUAAUUGUUCAUCUUGGUGAAGAGUGUGGAAAUCUUGGCACAUGUUCCGAUCCAGAACUUCCAGCCCCAGUUCUGUGGUGAAGCCAUCCCAGUCGGAUUUGGGUUCUGUUCCUGUGCGUGGAGAGUCUGCAUGAGAUUUUUCUCAUCAUAUUUGUACAAAUAAAUAUUUAACUUUUGUAAUUAAGAAGCA